AUGGCAGGUGCUUGUAUUAAUACAAUAAAGUUACUAGGAUUAGGCUCACUUGGUUUAUUAACUUCAUCAAUCAUCUAUCAAUCAAUUCAAAAUAUUCCAAUUUUAAUAAAUCAAUUAAAUUCAAUAUAUCAAUUUAAUAUUUUAAAAUUAAAUAAUCAAAUUAAUUUAACAAAACAAUAUAUUUUUGGUUCAAGAAUUGUUAAUAUUUUAUUAACUGGUUUAAGUACUUUAUUAUUUACAUUAGCUUUUAAAUUUAGUCCAAUUGAUGAAAAACAUCCUUAUUUAAUUUAUUCUGCUAUUGGUGCUCCAUUAACUAUAGCUGGUAUUUAUUAUACUUCAUGGAAUUAUGAAGAUAAAAUUUUAAGUAAACCAGAUUUAACUGAUAGAACUCCAAAAACUUUUACUACCAAUACAACCACAACAACAAGUACAACAACUCCAUCAUCAAUUAUAUCUGAAGAAGAUGCAAAUGAUAAUGAUCGUCAUAAUGAACAUAUAGAUGAAUUUGAUGAACCAGAAAUAAUUUCAAAAGUUAGUACUGCUGAUGAAUUAGGUAGAUCAUAUGUUCAUCUUUCAGAUGAAAGUGGUAUAUCAACACCAACUUCAACUCAACCACCAUCACCACAAAUUAAACAUCAAUCAGAUGAUGAAGAAGAAGAACAUGAAGUUGAAUCAGAGAGUCACGAACCAAAGGAAGUUGAUCAUAUAAAUGAUGCAGAAGUUGAAUCAGAAAUUGAAAAUAUUUUGAUAAAAAAGGAAGUUAUUCAAGAUUUAGAAAAGAUUCAAUUUGGUUAUAAUAUUGGUUCGUAUAUUUCAGGUUUUAGUUUUUGUAUUGCUUUAAUUGGUUUAAUUGGCGACUUCUAUAUAGUUAAUUAA